AUGUUCGAAUGCAUCACUAAUCUCUGGUACGUACUGUGCGAGAUCAACCCGCCUGCACCGAAAUGGUUGGUGGAUGAUGUGUCGGAUCAGACGGGCAAGGUCGCUCUCAUCACAGGCGGUUACUCGGGGAUAGGCAAACUUGUCGCCAAAUAUCUCCUAAAGAAAAACGCAACUGUUUACAUCGGUGCGGUCAACGAACUGAAAGAACUCACGGGGAACGACAAGGUCCACUUCCUCUUGGUCGAUCUGAGCGAUCUUGAAAGCGUGAAGCAAGCUGCGGUGAAGUUUCGUGCGACUGGAGAGAGGCUUGAUCAGUUAUACAACAACGCAGGCGUGUAUCUCGCUCCGAUGGAUCAGCUCACGAAGCAGGGAUACGACCUCGCGUUCGGGACGAACACAUUCGCUCAUGCAUGCCUGACGAUGCUCCUCUUGCCUGUCCUUGUCUCCUCUGCCAAGACCGCACCGGACGGUCAGGUGCGGGUUAUCAAUGUUUCGUCUAGCGCACAAUGGUUCGCUCCUCGCGGGGGAGUCGAUUGGCGAACAAUCCCCGGCACCGCUCCUGAACGAGCAAAGCGCCUGACACCUUUCCUGGCAUACGCUCAAUCGAAGCGGGCGCAGAUCGCAUUCUCCAAUGAACUGGCAAAGCGGUACAGGAAGGACGGGAUUGUGAGCAUCGCUCUUCAUCCGGGGAGCGUGCCGAGUGGGCUACCAAGGCGGGCGACACCCUGGCAGCGCUGGGGGUUGGAGACAUUCAUCUUGCAAAAAGAGGCGGAUCCUCUGGGGGCGCUCACUCCUCUGUAUGCGGGGACAAGUGUUGAGGCGGGAGCGAUGGGAGGUGAAUACUUGGGCCCGUGGGCGAGAGUGUGGAGAGCGAGACAGGACUUGGAGGAUGAGCGUGCGUGGGUGAAGGUGUGGACGUAUUGUGAGGCAGUGGUGAAGGAAUUCGUGUGA